AAGCGGUGGACGGAGGGGAGCCCAGAGAGGAGCCGGGAAUUUGCAGUUUCUAGAAUUUGCAGCCAGACUCGAGGACAGGGGGAGGCGGCUCCCACCUUGAAGCCAUGACGGAGGCUGUUGACCUGUCCUUUCUCUCGGAGGCCGAGAGGGAUUUGAUCCUCCAGGUCCUCCAGCGGGAUGAGAUGCUCCGGAAAACUGAGGAGAGGAGAAUUAGGCGCCUGAAGAACGAGCUUCUGGAGAUCCGCAGGAAAGGUGCCAAGAGGGGUAGCCAGCGCUACAGUGAGCGGACAUGCGCCCGUUGCCAGCAGAGCCUGGGCCGGAUCAACCCCAAAGCCAACACCUGCCGUGGCUGCAACCACCUGGUGUGUCGGGACUGCCGUGCCUAUAAUGUGAACAGCUCCUGGCGCUGCAAAGUCUGCACCAAGGAGGCGGAGCUCAAGAAAUCAACUGGGGACUGGUUCUAUGACCAGAAAGUAAACCGUUUUGCUAACAGGCUGGGCAGUGACCUCAUUCGAAAGUCCCUGCGGCGCAAGCCACAAGCUAACAAAAGGGAGACGAUGGGGCAAGUCCUACUUCAAAAGGCCCAGCUUGGUGAUCCCAAAGCUGGGCAAAAGAGCCCCCAGCAGCACCGCAAGGAACCCAGCUUGGCCUCAGACUCUGUGGAGCCACGAGAUGCAAAGAGUGACACGGAAUCGACUGAGAACAUGAGUCUAGAUGGGUACCAUCCUGCCUCUGCUCCCAUAGCAGCCAGCCCAAGGCGAGAGAAGACGAAAACUCUCAGCCCUUCAGGGUCCAACGCAUCCAGCUUGACCAUCUCUGUCCGCUCCAGAGAGGCUCUUCCUUCCGAUUCAGACAGUGAAACUCGUCUGGGGAGCCGAGGUACUGCUUCAGCCGAUGAGGGUGAAACUUUAUUCAAGAAGAAUCCUAGGAGAAGUCAGAGAUCUUCAGAAUACACCAAAUCAGUGAUCGACCUGCGACCGGAGGUGCCCAGCAGUGAAAGUGCGUCUCUCGGAGACAGAAGCAAGUCUGUGCCGGGCCUCAAUGUUGAAAUGGAGGAGGAAGAGGAAGAUAUCGACAGCCUGGUAGAGAUUCACCGGCGGAGGACGGCCAGAAGCAGCAUGCGCAGCGGUGUGUCCUCGAGCACUCUGGGAAGCAUGGUCAGUAUUUACAGUGAGGCAGGGGACUUCGGCAACGUCCUUGUCACGGGGGAGAUCGCCUUCUCCUUGAGCUACGAGCAGAAGGUGGAGAUCCUGUUCAUCCACGUGAAGGAAUGUCGACCUCUUGCAGACAGGUGGGGUGAAAUGUAUCCCUUUGAUUCCUUCAGGUAUGUGAAGACGUACCUUCUUCCAGACAAAUCCCGACAAGGGAAGCGCAAAACCACCAUCAAACGGAGCACCGUCAACCCCUUGUACAAUGAGAUGCUAAAGUAUGAGAUCAACAAAUCCCUCCUGAUGACCAGGACUCUCCAGUUCUCAGUCUGGCAUCAUGACCGCUUUGGCCGAAAUACGUUCUUGGGAGAGGCAGAGGUUCCGAUGGCCUCCUGGAAUUUCGAGAACCAGUUGGAGGAGUGUCUCCCGCUCCAUGGCAAGGAUGGUGGUGACUCGGCUGCCUCCCCUCAAUACAAAGGCGAGCUGGUGGUUUCCUUAAAAUACAUCCCACCUGCUAAGCAUCCCAAUGCAGGGAAUGGAAGAAAAGGCAAAAGGGAAGAAGGUGGUGAACUUCAGGUCUGGAUCAAAGAGGCCAAGAACUUGACAGCACUCAAAUCUGGGGGGACGUCUGACAGCUUUGUCAAGGGGUACUUGCUCCCUCUGCGGAACAGGGCCACCAAAAGGAAAACACCAGUCGUAAAGAAGAGCCUAAAUCCCCACUACAACCACACGUUCGUCUACAACAAGGUCGCUGUGGAAGAACUACCCCACAUCUGUCUGGAGCUUACGGUGUGGGACCGAGAGCCCUUGUCCAGCAACGACUUCCUGGGAGGAGUCCGGCUGGGGGUUGGGAAUGGAAUGAGUAAUGGCCAGAUGGUGGACUGGAUGGACUCUACGGGCGAGGAGAUCAGCCUGUGGCAGAAGAUGUGCAAGUACCCGGGGUCUUGGGCAGAAGGCGCGCUUCCGCUUCGCUCCACCAUGGCUAGGCCCAAGCCGUAAACCCUGUUCUUGCCUGACUGGGGGCCGCAAACAGGAGGCCAAGGAGAGGACCAAGGCCACCACUUUGCUGGAGAGCAGCUCUCUUAAAGAGAAGCUGGAGCAAGGCUUCCUGUCGCCGAGUGUGUAGCAAUAAAGGGAAUUUUGCGGUGGCCCUUAGAAGCCAGCUCUUUCUGGAGGGUGGUUCUUGGCAGGCUGCUGUUUUUAAUGGGGCCUUGUUUUGAAACUCCGUUGGAGCCGGAUUCCUUGCAGGCUCCCUGUGGAUGCCAUGGAGACCCUUUCCUGGGGGCGGGUGGAUCCGAAAGCGCCUCUUAACUUGUUUUCCAUGUUCUAUUUUCUUCCUCCUCUUCCUUUGCCCUGUGUCUGCUAUUUUUGUAAAGGUUUCAAGGGCAGCCUGCUUUCUACAUCUGUUCCUGCUUAAUGUCUUUUGUUUCAAGCGCUGG